UCACACGAUUUGUGUCCGCGAAAGCCGUAGACUUACGUGCAAUGUAAUGAAUUAAGGUUAGAGAUUGCUACGGGCAUAUCGGAAGUGAUCCUCGAAUGUAUGAGAUAAGCUAGCAAGUUGUAAUCUCUUCGGAUUUUGGACGUGUUUCUCAUUUUAAAACAAGGAUAUGAACCAAAGUGAUUGCUUACAUCUACCUUUUUAGACGGAUCUAGCAUAAGAUAUUGCUGAUUAUUUCUAUGUGGAAGAAUCACCAUUAUUCGCUUCUUUUAUCCGCAUGUUUUCGUCGGCUGAUCGAGAGGACCCGUCGUGGAUUUUGAGAAUCGACCUGACCUGUGCUGUGGCUGUGUCCAUCCCUGUGUCUAUCCCUAGCCUGCGCCUGUGUUGUGGCCCGGAUUCGCCGGUCCCUUCGAAGUUGGAGUUCAUUGCUGUUUAGAGUGAUUUUGAAGGGGCAUAUUCGACCUUUGGUCUAGAAAUUUUAUUUUUCCACUUUACAAGAUAAUUCCAACAAACUUUCAAGAUGCCCAGCAGAGCGGAGGACAUUUUAAAAGGUUUCAAAGUAAACUGGAUGAAUCUCAGAGAUGCAGAUUCAGGCAAAAUCAUGUGGCAAGGUCAUGAUGAUUUAUCGGCCCCGGAUGGUGAGCAUGAAGCCAGGGUGCCCAAGAAGAUCCUCAAAUGCAAAGCCAUCUCACGUGAAGUCAACUUCUCUUCCUUGGAGCCCAUGCAUCAAUUCCGUCUUGAACAGAGGGUACUAUUCAAAGGACGCUGCUUAGAAGAAUGGUUUUUUGAAUUUGGCUUUGUAAUACCGAACUCAACCAACACGUGGCAGUCAACGAUAGAAGCAGCUGCAGAGGGACAAAUGAUGCCCGCAUCAGUACUCAGUGGCAACGUUGUAAUCGAAACGAAAUUUUACGACGAAGAACUCCUCGUUAGUACAUCCAAAGUACGGCUAUACUACGUCUGACAUUCAUCCACGCUCGCCACGUCAUCAACACCGCAAACGGAGGGGCACCAAGACAUAAUCCAAUCUAUGUAAUUAAAUAUUUUCACAUUUGAUUGUACAUAUAUAUAUUAAUACCUUGAAAAAUACUAUUGACAAGAGUAAUGCUUUUACAUUCUCUCUCUUCUAAUGGUAUAUCACAUGGAUUUUUGCCAUGUACUUAAUGCUUUUUUGUAGCGAAUGUGGACUUCAUGUUUACAAAUUCAUGAGACAGACAACAGUAGGGAAGAUGAUGUAUGCUGUGUUAGAAAAGUAAGUGUGGUUCUGCCUUUUUCAUGUUUUCUAACUUGUAUUGUUUAUGUGCAUGGUAUACAUGUCUGUCAUUCAAAGCAGGUAUAGAGUGCUACCGUGUGUUGGUACACAGCAGGCUGUUAAACUGUAAUUCAACAUCCUACUUUUUUUGUUUCUUCACUCACUGCCUCAAACUACCGUAAAACCAAAAACAUUCGCGACGUGAAACUUCAGUGAAUCGUAAACGACAGAAUUUUUUUUUUUACACCAACAACAUGAAUCCGUGAAUUGCAAAGAUUCAGUCUUGUCAUAACAACUUGGUAAUCAUUGACAUUGUAUCUUGCGGCUUGAAAAUUUCAAGAACCCUAACCUGUUGCGAAAUUCACGAUCAUUUCAUGCGUGUGAAAAGUUUCUGUUUUUUUCAGUCUAUUUAUGAUGAUUUGUAUAAUUUGAUUUUUAAUCUGAUAAUUGUUCUCUCUCUCUCUCUCUCUCUCUCUCUCUCUCUUUCUCUCUCGUAAAUGAAAGAGUCCAUUGUAAAAACAUAACAUUUACUGUCAUCCUUAAUUGUGAUUAAACAAUAUUUCAAAUUCUAUUGAAGUUAUACAAUUAAACACAAAUGUAUUAUCAUAUGGCAAGAUAGAAUUAUCUAUCCGGGCAUUCCUUAUAAGGGAAAUUGGUUGCGAAAAACCUACCAUAACGUACAGUUUGAUAAGAGAAUAUAUGCAGAUGUAAUGCUGCAAUUUUGAUGAUUGAAUUUGAAUUUAGACUUCCAAGAAGACUAAAGAUGUAGACAAUGUGUGAAAUAACAUCAGAGCCCCUCUCCCUCCAGUGUGCCCCAUCAUAACAUAAACACGAUGAAGCUAGCUAAUAAAUUAUUGAUGAGGUGAACAUAGUAUUUAUGCUCUACCAAUAGGAUAUAAUGUGAUUGAAAUCAUAGCGCGAUGGGAACAUGAAUCUCCCACGGAACUUCCGCCUCUACAUUUUAUUAUCUUUUUAUAGGGCAAUAAAAUGUAUACCAGCCGAUUCGGUAUGUCAUAAUGAAUAUGUUUGUCAAAAUGUUGGAAGAGCUGAAGAUUUACUUUGCUCCUAUAAAUAAUUCAAAAUUUAAGACAUACAUUGUCAGUGGAGAUGCAAAGGCUUUUGGUACAAUUGCAAGCUAUUUUGUGUAGAUUUAAUUGAAUAUUCCUCUCAAAAAUAGGUUUGAAUGAGAGUUUAAGUGAUUAUUUCAAAAGAGGAUGACAUGAACUUGUUUUGGGAUUUGUUUCAUAACAGUUUGUGAAACUGUAAAUUUACUGCAGUUGUAUGCAGGCCCAUUGAUAAUUCAUAUAUUUGAAUUCACAAUGAGUUAUUACAAUACACCAUACAUUACAUUAAAAAGCUAGAUGUACCAUCCUCUCGCUGGACUAGACGUUUACCAGUGUGUGGCGUCAAUUAUCUAAAUUGGGAGCACGUUUCGGGUUGCUUUCAUGGAUCAGUGAUUCGAGCGUUGUUUUCUAUUACUUAGGCAUCAUUGUUAAAAUCUAUGCUGAUGUAUCUCUCUAGGCCUGUCUUCAUCAGACCGAAGUUGCAAAAUAACCUGCUAUUUUCAGACUCUGGCCCGGGAUAUUUUCUUGAUGCUCACCAGACAGAUACGCUCAUCACGAACUAGCUCGAACAGGCGCAAAUUAGCCCGCUAUCUCUAGAAUAGCAGUCUAUUUUGGAAACGAGACUAUAUCUUGGGAUAUUUUCUUGACCAAAUAGCCUGGUAACUGCAGCUGCAGGCUGAUGAGGACGCAAAUUAGCUGGCUAAUUUGAGAUCGGGCUAGUUAAAAUAGCGGGUUAUAACUUCAGUCCGAUGGAAACAGGCCUUCUCAGCGCUACUUGCAACAAAAACAAAAAUUACAACAGUUUCCCUUGAAGCCAUACCGUAGUCUGCAAGCACAGGCUCUAAUUUGACACUUUACAACAAGUUCUAAAGCCUUGAAGGAGAGCCUAUACCAUGACUUGUACACCUGAAGAAAGUUGACGUACACAGUAUCGCAUACGAGGUUAAUUUCUGCACAAUAAAAUUAAUCAUAAUGCUCCAUUUUUUCCAAAUUUUGUGUAAUGUACCUAAAAUAUCAUAUAUUGAGAACCAGAAGGUUUUUAAUUCUUUCUGUUAUUACGUGAAUUAACGCUUUUCUGGCUCUAAACAGACAUACAUAUAGACUUCAUUCACGGUACAGAGGAUAUUAAGAUGAAGAAAUACGACUCUUUUGCAGUAAGCCUCACCCUAUUUUCUUACAAUUUCGUUUAUAAUCUAAGCUAUAAGUCGUUAAUAUUCUUGAUAGCAUUCAAAGUUGCAAAUUACAUCUUGCAAAUUACAUGCUAAAUGGCCAUUACAGGAAUCAGUCACGUCUACCAUGUUGUAGUCGAUGUCGCCAGUUGUUUGCUCAUAAAUUUUCGCCCAAUUUGGCUCUCCUCUCCAGAUCUGGCGAUUGCCACUGGGUAUUUUUAACCACCAGAAACCCCCGUAAUCCAAAGCACAUUCAUGUGCUUUGUUUGUUUUGUAAAUAUCAAGUGGGGGGAAGGGGAGGGAGUGCAUUAAAGAGAAGACGGAAGUCAAGCGUCAGCUCAGAUGAAGCAUCGGCUCAGAUGAAACAUGACGUCAUUGAUUUGCUCGUGUUGGCAUUGUCUUUAAAUUUGAUGGCUCACGCACACGUUGAUGCUUAUCUUACAGUUCUAAAGUAUAUUAGACUGGGAAUAAGAACAUGACAAGAUAUUUUUACUACGUGAUGAGAAAACCAACUCUCUCCCACUCAUUUAAUUAAGCAUCCUUUGGGGGGGGGGGUUCCCCUCUCUAUCUUUCUCUCUCUCUCACACUCUCUAUCCUGAAUUAACAAAUGACCAAUCUCACCUAGCUAUUCCCAUCCAGUAUUCCUUCUCUCUCUCUCUCUUUAUCUUUCUGUUUCUCUUUGUCAUUCAAAAAACUCUCUCUCUCUCUCUCUCUCUCUCUCUCUCUCUCUCUCUCUCAUAUGAAAAGCAGUUGGUCUGCAAGGAACAACUUUUGCUACUUUUGAAGAACAUCUAGUCCCUUUUCAAAUUUUUACGUAGCUAAUGCCCCCAUGGCUCUCCCCCAUUGGACAAGCAGACAAUUUCUUCUCCAUUUGUGGAAAAGGGAUAUCAGUUCCUUCAUUCAGGUAUACCUGCCUAGUUCCUUCCCUGUAGGUUGCAUGACCAAGGCACUUACGUUAAAGAAGCGUUGAAAAGGUUAUUUACGUUCAAAGGGUCGCUGCUGCUAAAGGUCUCCCAUUAUCGGAUACUGGUUUAUUGCCCCAUCUCUCCGCUGUUUUUUCCCCAUUUCAAGCAAGCUCUCUCCACUUCACGAUGAUAUAGUAGCUUUCUUGAUCUCUGUACACCGUAUUUCUCAUUCCAUGCAUUCUCUCGAUCACACGCUACUUUUGAUGAAUAUCCAGUCCCUUUUAAAAACCUGCCAAAGGAAAAAUUGGCAUAAAUAUAAGUUUUACCUAAUUUUUUCAAUUUUUCAAAUCACCUGAUGAGAAUAGUCCACAAGAUCCAAGCAAAAUAAACAAUUCUACGAUGCUUGCAUUUUCCAUGAAUUAUGGCAUUUAUUGUAGAAUUUUGUUUAUCAUGGGCCUCAGUAAUAGUUUCUAUUUGCUUUCUUGAUGAAAAGGGAAUAUGGAAUUUUGUUUAAAGUGUCACAUUCCCUCUUUCAAAUUUCUUGAAAGAUGUUGAAUUCUAAAUAAAAUAAUUAUGCUAUUGUUGGCUUUGGGGAGCUUUCAAAAGCCCAAAGAAUUUGUUUACAACCAAAUCCAUGAAAUUGACUAUUAAACACAAAGAUUCAUUUUCUUUUUUUUUAAUAGUUUUUUUAGUUUCUUUCUCAUCAUACAAUAAUCAGACAUCAGUAUUGAUAAAACUGCGAGAAAAUGUGAAAGAUAUAAAACCCUUUCACAUGUACACAAAACUAAUAACUGCCUUUUAGCAAAUUAAAUUAGCAGUCUGACCACACCCUCUAAAUUUGCUUAUUAUUGGGACUUUGGCGCUUUAUUUCUAAAAAGAGAGAGUGAUAGAUUUAAAAAAAGGAAGUUACAGUUGAGAGAUUUAACAGAUGUCUGAAUUUUUGUGUCUUUGUGUAUUGUGUUUUUCUCUAUAGAACAAAACAAGUGUGAGUAUGGUAUAAUGUAACAAAGUGUCAUUUUCAAAAGAUUAAUUGCAUAUAUAUACCAGUUUGUUUUGCCUACGUGUUAAUGAUAAGAUUUCAAAUUUUCUCCUUUUUCUAUUCCAAAUAUUUGCAUGUAGCUGAGGUGGUUGUGUAAACUUUGUAUAUAUCAAAUCAGAGUCUAUAAGUGCCUGUAUAUGUAUAUGGUGAUUUUUGUGUGUGAAUUAAAGAAGUGUUCACACCGGAAGCUAUAACAGUAGUAUUAAUCAUGGUUAGUUUGCUAGUCGGCGUGAAGUAGGAAUAUAUGUCGUAUGCGUGUUGAUUUUCAAGCGUGCGGCGGCACCAGUCGUGCAUGUAUUGCUGUGUGCUAGCUGGCUUGAGGGCAUUGAAGCAAACAAUGGUACCUUAUAUUAAACAUCAGCUUGCAGCGAUAUAUCCUUUCAUAACUGGAUAUUGUGAUCAUCAUGUGUACCUAUUCUUGUUAGGAUAUGCUUUUGUUCUUCUUGUGUAUGCGUUUAUGCAGGAUUCAGCGUCCGACAUGUACGUACCAUCAGCUUCAGGUGACUUGUAUUGAAAUGAAGCUUGAGUGAUGAUGAAAAUUAGAACCAGAAUUUGAGUGCCAGUUUUACGUCUGCAUGUAUGCUGUUUACAUUUCAUUGUUUAUCUUUUAUUCUGUCUGUAGUACAUUGUAAAAGCAUCCAAAUUACAUGUGUAUGUUGCAUUGAUUGCUAAUCUGAUCGUUAAGAGUUCAAUGAACAUUCAAAAUAGCCGAAACAUGAUAGGUUAAAAAGUCAUCAUAAAAUAUUCCCUCUGUGAAAUCAACAUGUAUAUCUUUUGAUGAAAAGAUGACUAAAUUUAAUGAGAGUUUUAUUGGUAUACUAUUAAAUGAAAUGUAUUCAUUUCGGGUUGUAAAUGUUUAAUUUAGUUUUGUGUGUGUGUGAAAUUUCCAGAAGUUUUCUAUUUUUCUCUAUGAAUGGCCUACUGAAUUUCUAUGAAGAACCAAUUUUUUGUUUUAUUAUUAUUUUAUAAAGAAAAUUAGAAGAGAACAGAGUGUCAAAAGUUUUACGGUGUUUUAACAUCAAACAAAUUACUUGGGAUUCUACAGUACUGUACGUACAUGUAUGAUUAAUCCAUGUAAAGUGUGUUUCUUUAGAAGAAAAAAAAAAUCCAUAUUAAUCUUCUUCAUAUUUUAGUUUUACUUGUUCGUUGUCAUUCCUUUGUAACUAAUACACGUGUGAGUUUGGGGAUACAUAGUAUACCACUAUUUGUAUAAGAAAAUUUUAGAAUAAAAUAAUGAAUUUGAGAAGAAAAAUGAAAAAUUGUGAUUAUUAUUAUUUAUUUAUUAUUAUUAUUGAAUAAAGUCUGAUCGUUCUACAAUGAUCUAUGAUUAAUUAUAUUAUUCAAAUGCAAGAAACCUCAAAUUAUUGCUGAAUAACAUGUAAAAAUGCAAGAGCUUGCAGGGUUGCUGUACCUGUUUUUGAACCUGUCAAAAAGUGGAAAGUUUGAUCACAUUAAUAUUGUAGCAUUCUGCAGGUAACUGCUUGUAUACUUGCAAUAUAGUGUUCUGAAUUGCUGGGUGUUUUUUGCUGCCAAAUUUAUUUGUUUUGUUUGUUUUUUAUAAGCAUUGAAGGAGAAUACUAAAUGCAAUUUGCUCAUUUUGGCAAGUCUUGCAUAAUUCUGCAUUCACAACUGUUGAAGCAUUGCUUAGGUGAGCGCAAACUACAAACACAACUUCGCUUUGAUCAAUGUAUGCCUUCAUUUUUACGAGAUGUACCAAAUAAUUUCUCAAUGAUGAUAAUGAUUAAUGAUAUUAAAAUAUCCCCAAUGUACACGAACCAUGAAUAUGAAAAAUGCAUCACUAUAUGAUCUAAUAGCAUCUAUUCCGUAUAUAAAGUGAAUGCAAUUAGUAUUCUACCUUGCAUUGGUACUAAUUGCUUAAUACAA